AUUUGGUUACGGAAAAAGAAAAAAAAACAUUUGGCCUUUGGGAAAUAGCCACAACACAAUACAAUAAUUUUGGAUUUGGUCCGACUAAUCGUUUGCCUCUCCCAAUUCGCAGCCAUUUUUUACUCUCCUCCCUCCCUCCCGACUCCUGAGGCUGAGAACGACAGGAGAAACAAAGAACCAGAACAAAAAAACCCUAAAUUAUUUUCAAUUUCGGCGGUUCAGAUUUUGUUAUUGAAGAGUUUUUGAUCGAGGGCUUGUUUAAAUGGGCGAUCUUCCUAUGGCCGUGGGAGACAUCAGGAUGGAGAAUGAGCCUGAUGACUUAGCUAGUGAUAAUGUCGCGGAGAUUGAUGUGAGUGAUGAAGAGAUUGAUGCGGAAGACCUGGAGAGACGGAUGUGGAAGGAUCGUGUCAGGCUUAAGAGAAUCAAAGAGCGACAAAAGGUCGGCUCUCAGGGAGCUCAAACCAAAGAGAUGCCUAAGAAAAUCUCGGAUCAAGCUCAGAGGAAGAAAAUGUCCAGAGCCCAAGAUGGUAUACUUAAGUACAUGUUGAAGCUCAUGGAAGUCUGCAAAGUUCGCGGUUUCGUGUAUGGUAUUAUACCCGAAAAGGGUAAACCCGUGAGCGGUUCCUCUGACAAUAUUAGAGCUUGGUGGAAAGAGAAAGUCAAGUUUGAUAAGAACGGACCAGCUGCUAUCGCCAAGUACGAAGAGGAGUGUUUAGCUUUUGGGAAAUCAGAUGGGAAUAGAAAUUCGCAGUUCGUUCUCCAGGACCUGCAAGAUGCAACUUUAGGGUCUCUGCUAUCUUCUUUGAUGCAACAUUGUGAUCCUCCUCAAAGGAAGUUUCCGCUGGAGAAAGGGACUCCUCCGCCUUGGUGGCCAACCGGGGAUGAAGAAUGGUGGGUGAAACUUGGCCUACCCAAGAGCCAAAGUCCUCCGUACAGGAAACCGCACGAUCUCAAAAAGAUGUGGAAGGUUGGUGUUUUAACGGCAGUGAUCAAUCACAUGUCGCCUGAUAUCGCAAAGAUUAAGAGGCAUGUUCGCCAGUCUAAAUGUUUACAGGACAAGAUGACAGCUAAAGAGAGUGCCAUUUGGUUGGCGGUUUUGAACCAAGAGGAAUCCCUGAUUCAGCAGCCUAGCAGUGACAAUGGAAAUUCUAAUGUUACCGAGACUCAUAGAAGGGGUAAUAACGCUGACAGGAGGAAAACCGUGAUCAACAGUGACAGUGACUAUGAUGUUGAUGGGACAGAAGAUGCUUCAGGUUCAGUUUCAUCUAAAGACAGUAGAAGGAAUCAGAUUCAAAAAGAACCACCAACAGCCAUCUCACAGUCAGUAAGAGAUCAAGAUAAAGCAGAGAAACAUCGCAGAAGGAAAAGACCCAGAAUCAGAUCCGAAACUGUCAAUCGACAAGAGGAGGAACAACCUGUAGCUGAACAAAGAAACAUCUUACCGGAUAUGAAUCAUGUUGAUGCCCCUCUGCUAGAUUAUAACAUCAAUGGUACUCAUCACGAGGACGUUGUUGUAGACCCAAACAUUGCCUUAGGACCAGAGGAGAAUGAUCUGGAAUUAGUGAUUCCUGAGUUCACUAACAACUAUACUUAUCUUCCACAUGUCAAUGGACAAACUAUGAUGCCUGUAGACGAAAGGCCAAUGCUUUAUGAACCAAACCCUAAUCAAGAGCUGCAAUUUGGGUCAGGUUACAACUUCUAUAACCCCUCUGCAGUGUUUGUACAUAAUCAGGAAGACGACAUUCUCCAUACACAGAUAGAAAUGAAUGCCCAAGCACCAACUCAUACCAGCGGGUUCGAGAACCAAGGAGGUCUACUUCAACCCCAUAGCUUACAUGGAAAUGAAGAUGGUGUAAGAGGGAGUGAGUUGCCUCCUCAGUAUCAGAGCGAGCAAGAUAAGCUCUUGGAAAGUAACAUUCUGUCUCCAUUUAAUGACUUGACGUUUGAUAGUAGCACCUUAUACUCCGGGCUUGAAUCCUGUGCUUUUGAUGAUGAUUUCUCAUGGUUUGGAGCUUAGUGCCUUGUCAUCUUUUUGGGAGGUUUCAUGUUCAAAGGGACAUGGCAAUAGUCUUGGUAGUACAGUUUACAUUCUCUUCUACUGAUCUGAACUCUCUCUCUCUCUUUUUUUUAUAUACCUUCCUUAGAUUUGUUAAGAGAAACAAUUUUUCCCUUUUGAAUAAAUUUGCCAGACGCACUGCUUUUCCUGUUGUAAUAGUCUCUAGGAAAAGCAGGUAGUGUAUCUUUUGUAAAUUAACCUGUGAGUAAUUCAUCAAGCUAAGAGAUCACUCAUUUUUUUUUCUCCU